AAGAGGAAUUCAAGGGGGUGGAGUUGAGUAUUAUUGCCCUUUGUGGGGCAGUUGCAAGAACUGUGAGGGGACUUAUUGCCCCCCCGGGGCAGGUGCAAACAACGCACUCAGCUCAGGCAUGGGGUGGUCCAUGCACUGCAGCUUUCCCCGCCCGUCCGCCCAACCGACCUGUUGGCUUUAGCGCGCCCGCCCGCAUCACCCAGCGGGGGGCGCAUGCGCACAACACCCAGCGCCGCGCCCUUCCGAGCGUUCCAUGCCCCUACGAGUGGCCACCCGGGAGCGCGGGUUUUGGCCCCACGCGGACGUCGUCGGCGCUCGGCCCAGGCCGUACGAUGUUUGUGGAGCUGAACGAGCUGUUACACGCCUCCCCGGAGCGGCCCGAGCAGGGGACAUUCACCCUGCUGCGGGACACCAGGACAGAUGGCAGCUUCCUGGUGCACCACUUCCUCUCUUUCUACCUCAAAGCUGGCUGUAAAGUCUGUUUUGUGGCCCUGAUCCAGUCAUUCAGUCACUAUAACGUCGUAGCACAAAAGCUGGUAAGUCUCUUGGAGUCUAAUGAUGAUAAUAGUGGGGUGGUUCUGGAUGAAGCGUGACGCUCCACGCCUGAGCAGCAGUAUUAGGGUUUACGACCUGAAGAGGCUAUAACCGCUAGAGGGCAACAUCACCUCUUUUUCAUGGAUAUCUGAACUUGUCUCCCACUGCCUUCUCCCGAAACUAUGCAUGUGAUAUUCCUCGAGGCCUCCCAAAAGCCAUCGAUCGUAGCCCUUUGCUUUGCAUGGACCUGAUUCUGGGGAGUGUUGGGUUUGUUAAGCUUGUUUGGGAGGGAGUGGAAGACUUGGCACGGCACUGGAUUGAGCCUACUAUUCUUGACCUGCUCCUUUCUGUCAGAGUAGACUUGCCACUUGGCCCUCUUCUAUUCCAGGCUUUGCUCUUUGAUGUGUGUUGAGGUGUCUAAGCCCUGUUGUCUUUGGAGAGGAAUGUUUGAAUGGCACAAAGAGCUAGCAUCUCCUUAUUGGAUAUUUCUUCAAGGGAAGAUUUGUGAUUCAACCGGGACAGACUCAAAACCCUGAU